AUAAACAUGGAAGCCUUGCAAUUUAUUUUCAAAAUUAAUUUGAACUCGAUAUCGAUUUAGAUGGCAAGUCCGAGUGUUAAUACCGGUGAUUUCGAAACAGCCAUUGCUGAAUGUGGCUUUGGAUUAUUUAAUGUAAUGAUAUUAAUUUGUGCGAUGCCAUGCUUAUUCUCGAUGGUAUUCUCCGGCUCUACGAUGUCCUUCAUAAUGCCCACAGCUGAGUGUGAGCUGGAGCUGUCGAUGUUUGACAAGGGUGUCAUGAACGCUGUAACCUUUGCAGGCAUGAUUAUUUCGGCGUUUCCGUGGGGCUUUGUGGCGGAUACAAUGGGACGCCGCAUUGUUCUCAUUGUUGGUGGUUUGUCGGAUGGCGUCUGUGUGAUGUGCGCCGCCCUCAGUCAGAAUUCCACGCAGCUAAUGAUCUUCAAGUUUUUCAAUGGAGUAUUCAUUUGUGGGCCAUUUGCGGUCAUCGUCAGCUAUCUGUCCGAAUCGCAUGGCAAGAAACACAGGCACUUUAUCAUGUUAUAUGUUGGAUUGAGUCUUGCCCUCGGUGCUCUCGUAUUGCCGGUGUUGGCACACGUAAUGCUGCCGCUACACAUAAACAUUAAUGUUGGUCAAUACAGUUUUCACGCCUGGCAUUUAUUUCUGGCAAUUACCGGACUCCCCAGCCUCAUGUCCGGUACUUUUCAUAUCUUUCUGCCUGAGAGUCCCAAGUUUCUCAUGUCACAGGGCCAAUACCGCAAGGCGAUGGGUUGUUUUCAGCUCAUCUAUGCCAUGAAUAAGCGCAAGCGUCGCGAAUCCUUUCCGAUAACAAAGCUGACGGAUACCACUCCUGAGCGGGUCGACAGUUUGCCACAGGAACGAGUGACCAUGUCCAUGAAAUCGAUGCGUCAACUCUUUCGUGCAAUCAAGCUUAAGGGUAUCGAAGGCAUGAAGCAGCUGAAGCCCAUGUUUUCCAGCCCAUAUCUGGGAUUAUCAGUGCGCGUGUACGUCCUGCAUCUUUGCCAGAUUACCAGUGUGAACUCAGUGCGCCUGUGGUUGCCAGAGAUCUUUUCUACGAUGCACUCAUUCGAGGUGCAUGGCAUCGAUCUGAGCAUGUGCUCGGUGCUAAAUGAGUCGAAAUCUGGUCACAUCGAUUUACGCGAAACGAAAUUAAAGGAAUGCGACCGACAAACGAAAACGGAUACGUAUAUAUAUAAUAUAAUUUUGUCAGCCAUAUGCUUCGUUGGUUUUUUUCUCAUUUUCCCCCUGCUAAGCAUUCGAAGAGUCGCCAAACACAUACUGAAGGUCAGUUUAUUUAUAUGCAUAUUUCUGGUGGGGGGUCUCUUCUUCGCAAAUUCAACAACAUCAACGCUCAUUUUAUCUGCAAUGUAUUUAACCAUUUUGGGCAUUUGUACAACGACGGUUAUUGGCUUGAUUAUCGUGGAAUUUCCAACAUUAAUGAGGACAAUGGUAUUAUUAUUGAUCAUGACAUUUGGUCGUCUCGGUUCAUUUGGUGGAAAUAUUUUGUUACCUCUCUUCAUAGAACUCAGCUGUUGGGCACCUUUCAUCUGGCUCUCAUCGAUAUUGUCGAUUGCAUUUGUAAUCUCAUUAUUCUUGAACAUUGAUAUCCAGAAAGCGCUAAAUUAAAUUGUUGUCAAUGUAAAGCAUGACUUGAUUAAGGACCAUUAUAUUAAAUGAAUUUGCCUAACAGAAAGAAAAAGCUCAGCGACACGGAAAAAGACAUUCAAUUGGUGCAAAGUGUCUUCUA